AUGCACACUCCCGUGCAUGAGCUCCUCUUUAACGGAGUCAACCAGUCUCUGGUUUUCAGACCUACGAAUUAUCCGAUGAUGGGGAUCCUUGGCAAUGGCACCAUCCACCCGAACGGGAGCGAUCCUUUUGGAAGAAACGAAGAGGUCGCCAAAAUAGAGAUAACGGUCCUGAGCAUCACCUUUGUGGUGGCGGUGAUUGGGAACGUCAGUGUCUUGCUGGCCAUGUACAACACCAAGAAAAAGACGUCGAGAAUGCACCUCUUCAUCCGGCACCUUAGUAUCGCUGACCUAGUGGUCGCCUUCUUUCAGGUCCUGCCGCAGCUAUGCUGGGAGAUCACCUUUCGCUUCUACGGGCCAGAUUUCCUGUGCAGGAUAGUGAAGCACCUCCAGGUGAUGGGCAUGUUCGCCUCCACCUACAUGAUGGUGAUGAUGACCCUGGACCGUUACAUCGCCAUCUGCCACCCUCUGAAGACCCUCCAGCAGCCCACCCAGCGGUCUUACAUCAUGAUCAUUAGCACCUGGAUGUGUAGUCUGGUCCUCAGCAUGCCGCAGUACUUUAUCUUCUCCCUGAGUGAGAUCAAGAACGGCUCGGAGGUCUACGACUGCUGGGGCCACUUCAUAGAACCUUGGGGCGUAAAGGCAUACAUUACUUGGAUAACGGUUGGCAUCUUCCUCAUCCCCGUGUUCAUUCUGAUGAUAUUCUACGGGUUCAUCUGCCACAGCAUUUGGAAAAAUAUCAAAUAUAAGACCAGGAAUACACCCGCGGGAGGUGCGUCUAAAAACGGUCUCAUGGGCAAGAACUCCGUUAGCAGCGUUACCACUAUAUCCAGAGCGAAGUUGAGAACGGUCAAAAUGACUUUUGUGAUUGUCCUGGCAUACAUUAUUUGCUGGUCACCUUUCUUCAUCGUACAGAUGUGGUCGGUGUGGGAUGAGAACUUCGCAUGGGAUGGUAAGUGACUUCACUGUAUUGGAAAAAAUAUUGGAUCGCGCACACAAAAUCAACAGGUAAACCUUGAUAUAGAAUAAAUAACAUGACCCACUGGGCACACACUGGUUGAAUCAACGUUGUUUCCAGGUCAUGGCAAUGAAAUUACGUUGAACCAACGUUUCCGCACGUUCAAUUGACGUAUGUGCCAAGUGGGGAGAUAUCUUCACUCAAUUAUCUCUCUCCCUCUACAAAUAACUAAUGUGGAAGCCAUAGUCUUUAUAGGGGGUUGCGCAAAACAUUUGGUGAUGUAUCUAUUCUGUGCCAAAAUGUUAGCCUUAUUGCUUUUAGCAUUAACUUUUUUUAUUUUUAUGAAUGUCAAUGAGAAUUGAGGAGGAGUAGCCUACGUAUACAAUUGAAUCAGUAUAGAAAUGAAUCCAUAUGUGUCAUGGAAAGAAAAUGUAAUUGUGCAUAAACCUUUAUUGAGCACUGAGCGCCCUGCUUAAUUCCGUUACAACAUUCAAAUCCAGACUGUAUAGAAUCAAAAUAUGAAGUUUAAAAUCGAAUUAAAUGUAGCAAAUUAAACAUAACAUAUACGGUGUGCUGACAUAAUAGACAAAGUCAUGUUAAUCCUGUACCAUAACGGUUUUUUAUUUUUUAUCGCACUUGAGAUAUCAGGUGUUUAAAUAGGCCUAUAGAUAUGAGUGUCAUUGUUUGUGCCAUUUAAUGAUAUGAUAACUACCCGCAAAUGUUUUAUGAAUUUCACUGCACCGUUGAUUUAUACCCCAGCUAUUGGACUAAUUCUCUUUUGGUCAUUUGUUUUUCCCCUUUCCUUCCAGAUUCUGAGAACACUGCUGUCACACUGUCCGCGCUCCUCGCGAGUCUAAACAGCUGCUGUAACCCGUGGAUAUACAUGAUCUUCAGUGGGCAUCUCCUACACGAUUUUACUCACUGUUUCCCGUGCUGUAAUAAUUUACGCCAUAAGUUCAAGAAAGAGGACAGUGACAGCAGUCUCCGGAGAAAUACGCUAUUGACUAAAAUGACCAACCGGAGCCCAACAUGCAGUUCGGGACUUGGAAAGACCCUGACAACUCCCCCAAGUCCUCCAUUCUAUCUAUCCAAGCAGAGACCUAACACA